UCACUACGGUAGAGAAUCAACGUGUGGCUGAUUUAGUUGACGAAAAAAAUUGCUUUUUGGCAAAAAUAAAUAAUUUUAGUUGUUUUCACCUCUCUUACCUCACAAGUACCGUAAUUUCCCAUCGAUAGCCAGAGAGACGUCAGAGACUGAGAUGAGAAUGCAUUCCAUGAGAUUAGGCGGCUUCCUUAUCAUCCCCCUCCUUUUGUGUGUCCUUCUACCCCAGGUGAGAACUUCCGAUGAGGAAUCCUGCUACUCCUAUGCCGGUGGUCAUGUCUACCCACAGGGAUACCCUCUGACGGGACACAAUCUCCACGGAACCAAAGCUGUCAUUUCCAGACCAGCUCCACACUUUGAGGGCACUGCUGUGGUCAAUGGGGAAUUUACUCAGCUUUCUCUUGCGGAUUUCAAGGGGAAAUAUGUCGUAUUCUUCUUCUAUCCGUUGGAUUUCACUUUUGUGUGCCCAACGGAAAUUCUGGCUUUCUCCGAUCGCGUCGAGGAAUUCCGGAAGAUUUACACAGAGGUGAUUGCCUGCAGUGUUGACUCCCACUUUACGCAUUUAGCGUGGAUUAAUACCCCGCGCAAAGAAGGUGGCCUGGGGAAGAUAAAGAUUCCCCUGCUGAGUGAUCUCUCACACAAAAUCUCCAAGGAUUACGGUGUCUACCUCGAGGAUUUGGGGCAUACCCUCCGAGGACUCUUCAUCAUUGACCACCGAGGCAUUUUGCGACAAAUCACAAUGAAUGACUUGCCAGUGGGACGCUCUGUUGAUGAGACUCUUCGUCUUGUUCAGGCAUUCCAGUACACCGAUAGUCAUGGGGAAGUUUGCCCAGCCGGAUGGAAGCCUGGUGGCGAUACAAUUGUGCCAAAUCCAAAGGAGAAAAAGAAGUACUUUGAGAAGAAUAACUAAUUCGCCACACUCUCUUCUUAUUUACAACACAAAAAAAAGACUUUAUACCAUGAGCCAUUGGGGGCCUUUUCCCCCCAGAGACAAAAUUACAAGUGAGACAGUCUUUUGAA